GCGGCUCAUUUGCAUGGGCCCCGCCCACUUCCCUGAGGCCUCUCCCCUUGUGCUUCGCUCAGAGCCAGAGCAUCCUGCAUCCUAAAGCGCACCUUGGAGUCUGAAGCGGCCGGUGGCUUGGCUCAGCCUCUAGGAUGGGAAAGGUGGAGAAGGUGGCCUAGAAGGGACAAAAAGCCGGGUUUGUUUGCCUUCCUGAGAGAAACUGAGGCAGAGGGAACCCCAAACUCCAUCAAGACGGGAAACAAGUGCAAAAUACAACCUGGCCAACUUGCCCAGCCAGAAGAAAGAAGGCCUAAGGCAAGCAACCCUUCAAUCUCCAUAUAUGUGACCCUUCUGUUGGUCCAUGAAAGAUUAAGUCCUCAAAAAUGCGUGCUGGCAGAAAUCAACAGACUGGUGUACAAACAAAUGGUGUCAUUUCCAGGGAUACAUGUUGACCUCAACAUGCAGAUUCACAUUAUUUCCCUGGGGAGAAACUGCUUUUUAUGACCAAAGUUUUUUUUCUGAUAUCCUUUCAAGUUUGGCAAGUUUGACUCUGCGCUGCACUUUCUAUCCCUUUUUACUUCAUGUGUGAAACAAACUUCUUUACAAUUGCUUAAAUAUUUUUGUCAAGCUUGGAUGUGUGUGGAGCUUGCUGCUCAGAGGGCAUCUAUUUACAAGAAAACUUGUAAAAGAAGAGCCAGCGCAACACACACUUCAAAAUGUGGACUUUUUUGGGCAUCGCCUCUUUCAUCUACGUCUAUAAGAAAUGUGGAGAUUUGCUGAGUUAUGCCAACAAGGAAGUGCUGAUCUCCAUGGUGGUGUUCUUCUCUCUUGGUUUGCUCCUCUCCCAUCGGUAUCGGACAUGGGGCCUCAAGCAGCAGAAGCAUGUGCAAGCACACCAUGGUGCGCUCUCUGGAUUCUUUGCUACCAUGCCACUCAUUGGCUUUUUCUGGACUAAAUCCCACACUGGACCUCCAGAGGUGCCACAGCCUAAAUCCAGAAAGGAUAGAAGAGGGGCCAGUAUCUCAGCUGAAACCACAAGUGAGACUGCUACAGCCUCAACAUUGUCCUCUCAGUAUGAUCCAGAGAUCAUCAUCAUUGGGUCGGGUGUGCUUGGCUCUGCUUUGGCAGCAGUGCUUGCAAGAGAUGGAAGAAAAGUGGCCAUCAUUGAGAGGGAUCUGAAAGAACCUGACAGGAUAGUUGGAGAACUGUUACAGCCUGGGGGAUGUAAUGCUCUGAAAGACCUGGGCCUAGAAGAGGCAGUGGAAGGAAUUGACUGCCGUGUAAUAAAUGGUUACAUAGUGCAUGACCACCAAAGCAAGACGGAGGUUGAAAUUCCUUAUCCAUCUACAGCAGAUGGCCGAAUACAAAGUGGAAAAGCAUUUCAUCAUGGGCGCUUCAUUAUGGGCCUUCGAAAGGCAGCCAUGGCAGAACCCAACACAAAAUUCAUUGAAGGGACAGUAAUACAGUUACUUGAAGAAGAUGACUGCGUUAUUGGAGUUGUGUAUAAAGACAAGGAAACUGGAGACACAAAGGAGCUCCAUGCACCCCUUACUUUUGUGGCUGAUGGUGUCUUUUCCAAAUUUAGGAAAAAUUUCGUCUCUAGCAAAGUUAGAGUUCGAUCUCAUUUUGUAGGAUGCAUUUUGAAGAAUUCACCUCAGUUUAAAGCCAACUAUGCUGAACUGGUCAUGGGCAGUCCUAGUCCAGUACUUGUCUACCAGAUUUCUUCCAACGAAACCCGGGUCCUUGUUGACAUUCAAGGUGAUAUGCCAAAGAACCUUAAAGAAUAUAUGAUCGAGAACGUUUAUCCACAGCUACCAGAGCAUCUACAGGAACCUUUCCUAAUAGCCGUACAGAACGAUCGCUUGAGGUCUAUGCCUGCAAGCUUCUUGCCUCCUACACCUGUGAACAAAGCAGGAGUGAUGCUCCUGGGAGAUGCUUACAACAUGAGACACCCCCUAACAGGUGGAGGAAUGAGCGUUGUAUUUAAUGACAUCAAGAUAUGGAGGCACUUGCUGCAAGCUGUUCCAGAUUUAUAUGAGGACUCUGCUGUUUUGCAGGCCAAAAAGACCUUUUACUGGACACGAAGAAAAUCCUACUCUUUUGUUGUCAAUGUUCUUGCUCAGGCUCUGUAUGAAUUGUUUUCUGCUGCAGAUGAUUCUCUGAAUCAGUUAAGGACAGCCUGCUUCUGUUACUUCAAGCUGGGUGGCGAGUGUGUUUCUGGACCAGUUGGAUUGCUUUCAAUCCUGUCACCUAAGCCUAUGGUUCUGAUAGGCCACUUUUUUGCCGUCGCUCUCUAUGCUGUUUAUUUCAACUUCAAGUCAGAAUCCUGGAUCAACAAGCCCCGUGCAGUUUUCAAAAGCGUUGCAGUGAUGUUCCGGGCUUGUUCUGUCAUAUUCCCACUCAUAUACUCUGAAAUGAAGUACCUCAUCUAUUAGACCUGAAGAAACACAUCUACAGGAAGAGGGAGAAUGCCAAGACUCCUCACAGACCACCUUGUGGAUAUGACAUCGUUUUGUCCUGUUGUCGUGUGUUUUUCUAAAAAAAGGAAGAAAAAAUUGGUUCCAGAGAGGGAAAACAAUCGAGCCUGGCUUUAUUUUGUGAUUUGUAGUUGUGCAUCUUUAUACAGAGAGAUAAGACACUGGCAAAGAAUCUCCCUGCAGUUGUUGACACCUGGUGUACAGGAAAAUGUAUGAUCCUUGCAAGCAGUGAGUGGAUGUGUAUGCAAAGACCAUCCUAGUCUAUGGGAGAACAUGGGACCCACUACAGGUUCCUUUCUGCAAAAGGAUUCCUAGCAUAAGGAGGUGCUAAUAACAGUAUUGACCCUGGUAGCUAUCAAAACAUUCUCUUUUCCUGUUCUUCCAACUCUUUGGACCAGGGGUCAAGUGUUAAAUGCAACUCUGCUACAGGAGAGUCUGAGACAGAAUAUACCUGAGGAGUGUUGGCUUAGUUCUCACUGAGAAGGUAAACUUGUCUCUCAGACCUUGGCAAAGUCAGUUUUUGGGGCUACUUUUUUUCGAAUCUCCCAGCACAACUUCUUUAAUGUACAACUUCUUUAAUGUACAUGUAAUGGUUGCAGGUAGAUGUUUGGUAUGGUUGAUUAUUCAUCCAUACAAUCAAACCAAAAACACAACACCUUCCUGCAAAUGGAAACCUAAGAAUUUAGGGUGAGGGAAAUAGGCCCGGACCCUUCCCGUUGGACUCUAGUUUUAUAUGUUCAAGGAUCUAUUCAUUUUUGGAGAAGAUCAUCCAGUCAUUGCGAUUCCAACCUGGUGCUGCUGGUAUACAGACUUUACCACCUCAGUGAGAAUUAGACCAUUGCUUCAGUUUGUUUGAUUCCUGCUUAAAUUGAAAUAAUCCUGGCUCUGGCAUUCUGCUGGAGUGUCGUCUUACCAUUCAAGACAGGAAUGGGGAGGCUGUGGCACUUGAGAUAUUGUUGGACUGUAGCUUCUACCGUCAUUUACUGCUGGCCACAAAUGUACAGGUAUGAACUGGAAUCCAACAACAUCUACUGGACCUCAGGUUCUCCCCAGUGGCUGAAAGUGUUACUGAGCCAGCUUUACACAAAAAAGCCCAAAUGAUUUAGUUGUUAAAGAGAUACAGGACUGGGUUCUUGUAACUUUGUUAACAGAUCCUGGAUCAGGGAGAAAGUGCGGUCGGACUUCCACAUUUGCAGAUUUGAUUAGUAUGUUCUCUCUAGGAAUUGCAAGGUCCUCCAUUAUGACUGUAUGAUCUAUUUCCAUUGUAAAGUCAUAGUAGAAGGCACGUGGGUUUCUAGAAAGAAUACUUCUUUAGGGAUUAACCAGUCUUGCAAGGCAAUUCGAUGGGUCGCUUUUGGCAGAAGUUGAUAAUAGAGGAUCCGAGAGGUGCUGUAAAGUUAUAUCAGAUGGAAUUAUGGCAUGUCUUGUCCGUCGCUCCAUAAAGCUACCUUUAGCGACAUAGCUGCCUUCUGGCUUGUGGAGACUGGUGUAUGUUGUAAAGAAAUGUAUUGUUAGCUCCAAGGUGAUUUUGGUAGAGGAGGGAGGAGACCUACCAUGGUCAGGUUGACGGAACUUGUUGACACCUCUUCUGAUCCAGUCUCUUAGCAAAGUCUGGCAACCCUAGCUAGAGAUGAAUGUAUGUAUAUUAAAAUAUGGAGAGGAAAUACUUCGGUAUGAGAUUUAUAUACAAAUGAAGUUUUUGAGAGAGAUAGAUGUUUACAAUGACUAUUAUUAACAAUAAGAAAGAUGGCAGGUAAAUGCUGAUCUUUGAAAGAGAGCAGGCCAUGCUCCAUUCUUGCUAAUAACAUUUAAAAAAUAACAAAACCAAAGGGGCAGUUCAAACCAUUUAAUACAUGCUACUUUUGUUGAGUUUGUAAAAUUUUGAUGUGAUGCUUCCCCUUUACUAUCAAUUAAAAUUUAAAUACAUUA